UCACAAUCGGAUGAUGGUCAACAUCUAUUCAAAUCUGGCGUAAAUAGAAUUUUUGAUUCGUCAUUUGAAACGCGAUACGACGCAAUGUCGACCAGCGACAGCAUGAGUACGACCAGUAGCCACCACGAGCCAGGCCUAGCCCACAAAGGCCUGAUAUGCACCAACUGCUACGACGAAACCAUGAACCUUAAGGUUGUCGGAGCCUGCAAACACGCGUUCUGCCUCUUCUGCGUCUCCACUCACUUGGAGGACCAUCCAGGAGGCCCCGGCGUCUUUGCCUGUCCCACAUGUAAGAUCGAAUGCCCCUUGCCAGCCCAGGGCAUCGAAGGCCUAGUCGAUGUGACCGGAUCCGACUCAGAUGAUGAGGCAGCGGACUCGGGAGUUCCGGAGAGUACGACAGAGAGUGAUAAAUCUUUUGGGGACAGCUCAUUCGAAUCAACGGACUGUCGCGUGUGUCAUCACCGCGGCGUGAGCUCGACUGCUGAGAACCGGUGCGAGGACUGCGAUGAUCUGUUCCUCUGCGAGAACUGUAGCAACGUCCAUAAUAGGAAGUUCGAAUCCGCUGGACAUGUUUUGUCAAGUCUUCAUGCUAUCACUGAGGUGAUCCAGGAUAGUGGGAUCUGUCUGGCCCAUCACGAGCGCUUGAAAAGCUACUGUCGGACGUGCGGGCAGCCUGUCUGCCAUGUGUGCGUGAUGUUAGAUCACGUGGAGCACGACACGGAGAAGAUCGGCGAACUCGUUCGGACCGAAGUCACAGAUAUCCGCAAGAAGAUCGACGAAGGGAAGCAAAAGAUACGCCAUCUUGAUCACGCGCAGAAGGAUGUCAUGGCAACCAAGGAGGCCAUCUUGGAUUGGAAGCAGACGAUGUUGCGGCGAAUUGAAAAGAAAGCUGAAGACCUGAUAACAGAGAUUACCAAGCAACGAGACGCCAUGAAGCAGAAGAUCAGAGGAGGGUUUGAUAUUGCCGAAAUGUCGGCGACCAUACUCGAGAUCCCGGAGAUUCAGAAGACGAUUAAGAACUGCAUCGGGAAGUCCGAGCUCUUGCUCACGGAGACCACUACCCACCCAAUAUUUUACGACAGGCUCGUCGACGCAAAGGAAGACUUGGAAAUCGUUUUAGAGACGGAAAUGGAGACAGCUCACUGGGAGAGGUUGAAACAGCCUUUUCCAUCGUUCAUUUCUAGUGAGCAGAAAAUUGAGCUGGGCACUGUGGCCAAUACCACUUUCACCUCUGCUGAAACGGUUCCAGGGAUGAGCUGGUAUUUCAAAACAAAGGAAGAUCACGUGAUCUCCAGCGUUGUCAACCUCGGCAUUGACUGCUUUGCCAUUGCAGCGCCAUCGAGCCCUGUGCGGAGGACGGAUACCAUUGAGAUCAGGCACAGCCAGCGCUCCGUCAAGCUGAUGAAGGACAAGGUGCACCCAGCAAUUGACAUGGCCCACACCCCUGGCGGAAAGCUAGCCACGUUGACCUACGGGCAAACCCAAGGUCAAGGUUGUAUCCGCUUGUUCGACGCCAGCAGAGGCUAUCUGCGCUCGAUUGAAGGUUUCGCUAUGGACAUCCCGCUCUCCCUGUCAGUGAACAUUCAAGGACAGUACAUGGUCCUCGACCAAGAUGCCCAAGCCGGCCCGAGGAUUUCCGCUGUCAACGCAGCAGGUGUAAUAGACCGCGCGCACCCACUCCGCAACGAUAAGCACGGGAUUCGCGACAUUUCAAGAGUCACUUGCGGGGGUCAGUUCAUCUAUAUCAUGGGUGAGAACGGUGUCGCCGCCUAUGCUUUCAACAAUGGGAGGUUCGAGUUGAAGUCGAGUUUCACGGGUCAUACCUGGCUGCACGGGCUGGACGACAUCGCUGCGACAGUCACUGACGAUGUCUACUUGGCGUAUCGACAUAAGAUCGGGAGGCGCCGGGAGGUGUUCGUGGUUCGCAUCCUAAGAAAUGGCGGCCUACCAGACUGGUCCUAUGAACCCUACUUGAUCAACGAGAAGGUCAAGAAAAGGACAAGGUUAGACGUUAAGAAUAACACUUUGAUUCUGUCGGAUGGAAAUCACUAUGCCGUCUAUAUGCUGAAGUAGACACUAUUGUGUUAACAAGAUAAUGGUCUUUACAGGCCUAUUGGACGUUUGUAUAAUUUUGCGGUUGUUUCCAUGAAAAUGACACACGCCAUUGAGGUGCCAGCGCUAGUAAAAUCGCCGUUUUUGGCAGAUUUGCGAUGCUUGAAACAAUACAGUUUACCUUGCUGUAUUCUCGUAUGACAAUCAUACGUUAAAUGUACAUGUAGCGAACGGGAAAAUUGAUACACACAACAAUUGCAUACAGAUAACGCACGGGCAUCCAUACAUAUGCUUGCAUUAUAACUGACUAUCGGCGUCACCUGGCGUUAGAAAAAGAAAAUAGAUGCAGUUGGACCAAAAGUUGAAAUAAUGUGAACGAAAGGCGUACCACUUUAAGUAUUGUCAGAGAAGGCCAUCUAUACACGAAGGACAUUGAUGUGAAAAGCUCCAAUGCAGUGUUCCAGACAAAAAUACGCGGAUAGAGCGAGAGAUGCCUUAAAUGGCGGGCAUGGUUGUUCUCCUAGGUCGUUAACCUGCCCUCUAGUGAGGAUAUCACCAACCUCACAAUGUACUGUGUGUUACGCGUGGUCAGAAAGCCAUUUUGAGGUGGU